UCGAAGAGGAAGAAAGACAUUGUUACCCAAAAUGAUGUCCGAAAAGCGUCGAAGUGAUUGUGUCGGAUUGCCCACAGGAUGGAAGCGCGAAGAAGUUGUGCGAAAAUCUGGCCUCUCUGCUGGAAAAACAGACGUGUAUUACUUUAGUCCUGAUGGCAAGAAGAUCCGAAGCAAACCUCAGUUGUCACGUUAUCUGGGAGAACUGUUGGACUUGAGCGCCUUUGAUUUCCGAUCUGGGAAGACAAUUCACAGCGCUCUGCGCAAAAGUAAGCGGCACAGAGGAACUGUAUAUGACCACGCCAGAGGCAGAAAAACCUCCAAUUUUUCAGGGAUUUGUCACGACACUACACUGGCUCUGCCCAUACGUCAGACUGCCUCUAUCUUCAAACAGCCUGUAACUGUGGUGAGAACGCGCCCCGAGGGGAAGACUAAGUCAGACCUCAAACAGGGGUCUCAGGAGAAUCAACCCAGACAGCUGUUCUGGGAGAAGCGCUUACAAGGUUUGCGGGCCAGUGAUAACACAGGAGAAUCUCUGCUCUCCCUUCAACUUCCUAAAUCCAUUCAUGGUAUUGGGCCAGAGCUGACACCGGAUAGUGUCUUACAGAGCAUCUCGGCAGCCCUUCAUCUCAACAGUCAGCCUGUCACUGGCCAAAACGCUUCCAAAUCUUCAAUCAACAAAAAUCCAGGUGUCCAUAUUGAUGCGAACCAGCCACACAUACAGGCGACGGUGGUGUCUGAGGAGGAUGUGAGACAACAGGAGAGACUCGUGACUGAUGCCAGAAAGAGGCUGCAGGAUGCUAUCAAAGGAUUCGCUUAGACACCCUCAUAACACAGUCUUCCCCGGCAUACUGCAAAGAUGACUGGUCACAUUUGCUGACGACUGAAGAUUACAGCCGAAAAGGACACUUCUCCUUAAAUGAGGACUUUCCAAUCAAGGCUAGCAAUGUCCGGCAGAGCUCUUCAGUUCAAGAGGUGGGAAAGAUCAAUGACAUCACCAUGGAUACUGGGUAUUGGGCAUCUGGAGGAUUUUUAUCUGUAAAUGGGAAAAUUCCAUUCCAGAGGUGGCUGGAAAUUCAGGGAGUUUCAAGUCCUUCAUCUAGCCUGCAAAGGGCAGGCGGCAGCCAAGUGUUCGCCUUCUUCAUUGAUAAUCCCCCAGUUUUAAGUUAAUAAUUUCCCGGUCGGAAAACAUGAAGAAAGACAGAACCAGAAAAACGGACAGUGAUCUCAAACUCAAAACUACUAUUAAAAACUUAUUGAAAUUUUCAGUCUUCAUGGAGGGCAGACUGCUUUUAUGGAGAUCAUACACUGCGCAGUGAGUGCCAGGUUAACCUUUAUUUAAAUAAAAACAUGUUAACCAAAGUUGACCAUUUUUCUUUGUUUGUUGUUUUGCUUGGUUUUGUUGAAUUUAUUGAUUUAUUCAUUUUCCUGGAACUUAUCUUUCAGAAGAAGCAUUAUCAUUCUUUUAACGAUGUUUUAGUGUGUUUGACCACCUGUAUCCACAGAUAUAGACCCUAAUUCUUCAACCUUUUCAUCUGCUUCUGCGGCCAAUAUUUUGAAACAUCCUGAGAGAGCUGUAUGGGGUAGAGAAAUAAUAUGCACAGUUUUGUGAAGCUUGUAUCUUUCAUGACACAAACAAAUUGUUUUUAAUGUCAUUUUCAUAAUAGUUGUAUGCAUAAAUUCCACUGAAUGUACUUUACUGAUCGAAAAGGCUGAAGAUUUAAAGUAGAUAUGAUAUUAUUCUGGUUUGGCUUACCAAUAACAACCAGUAACUCAGUAUGUUUCUAUAUUAUAUGUAUGUCACAGGCUUACAAACUUCUUAUAUUAUAACUUU